GGCGAGGCGGAGCCCGCAAAUGUAGAAGAGGGCCGGGCCCGUCCCCCUUCUCUGUAGAAUCCGUCAGAGCCCUCGCAGACUUUGAUUACCCACUAUAGAACGGUAUCUAGAUCACCAUGGCAACUGGACAGAAGUUGAUGAGAGCUAUUAGAGUUUUUGAAUUUGGUGGACCAGAAGUGCUGAAACUCCUGUCGGAUGUUGCAGUGCCAAUUCCAAAAGACCGUCAGGUUCUAAUCAAAGUCCACGCAUGUGGUGUCAACCCAGUGGAGACAUAUAUUCGCUCUGGCACUCACAAUAUAAAACCACUCUUACCCUAUACUCCUGGUUCAGAUGUGGCUGGGGUAAUAGAAGCUGUUGGAGAUAAUGUAUCUGCUUUCAAGAAAGGUGACCGAGUGUUCACUACCAAAACGAUCUCUGGGGGCUAUGCCGAGUACGCUCUUGCAGCAGAUCACACCGUUUACCCACUGCCAGAAAGACUGGACUUUAAACAAGGAGCCGCCAUCGGUAUCCCAUAUUUUACUGCGUAUCGAGCUCUGUUCCACAGAGCCCAUGUGAAGGCUGGAGAAACUGUUCUGGUUCACGGGGCUAGUGGAGGAGUUGGACUAGCGACAUGCCAAAUUGCUAGAGCUUAUGGCUUAAAGGUUUUGGGCACAGCUGGUACUGAGGAAGGACGAAACAUUGUUUUACAAAAUGGAGCCCAUGAAGUGUUUAAUCACAGAGAAGUUAAUUAUAUUGAUAACAUUAAGAAAUCUGUUGGUGAAAAAGGAAUCAAUGUGAUUAUUGAAAUGUUAGCCAAUGUAAAUCUCAGUAAUGAUUUGAAUCUUCUGUCACGUGGAGGACGAGUAAUAGUUGUUGGCAGCAGAGGUCCUAUUGAAAUAAACCCACGGGACACCAUGGUAAAGGAAUCUAGUAUAAUUGGAGUUACUCUCUAUUCAUCAACCAAGGAGGAAUUUCAGCAGUUCGCAGCAGCCCUUCAAGCUGGGAUGGAAGUCGGUUGGUUGACACCUGUAAUAGGUUCUCAGUAUCCAUUGGAGAAGGUGGCCCAGGCUCAUGAAGAUAUCAUUCACAGCAGUGGGGCUACUGGAAAGAUGAUUCUUCUCUCAUCAUGAUUAAUUCUUACAUGUAUUUCCCAGUAAUCAGAGGUUUCUUACCCCAGUUUUCCUUACACUAUCUUUGCUUUAUUUAGCAUUCAUUUGAUUCAGUGAAUUUCUUGUAUUAAAAACCAAGAUUUGGCUUUAGAGAUCAUGGGCUUUGGAGUACAAGUUAUUUUAUAGGUGGCAAUAUUCUUUAAGCCUUCUACCUCUAAUCAAGGAGUCAUUGUAGUAGGAAGUAGAGUGUUAGUGGGCAUGGCAUUGGGGUGCAUUACAGAAAUUACUGAUACUUGAUCAUUAAUUCCAUACCUUUGAGUAAAACAUGCUAAUUCAAAAUAAGACUGCUUGAUUUCCAAGAGUACUUCUCUUUAUAAAGGUUCUUUAGUCUCUGAUUAGCCUAGAACUGUAUUGGACUCUGAAGGUUUUCUGGAUUAAACAAGACCUGUUUUCCAAACUAAUCUCAUUUGGAUCUACAAGUCUCUUGGAAAGGCAAGAUAAACAAUGUCCAGAAAAUUUGUUAGUUUUCCAAUAUUUCCCCAAAUUUUAGUACAUUCGCUAUGUUAGUGGUUGAUUACCAAUGAUCCUUAUAUUCUGUGAGGACAACAGCCUUAUCUUUGGUAUAAUAUGAUAGUAGGUACACAGUCUCCAAAUAGAUACUUCUUGAUUGAUCAGCUUUUCAAAGUAGAUUUAGGAUUAUCUGUGUGAUUAGGGGGGUCAUAUAUUUUGAUUUAAAUUAAUUAACAAAUUUGACACAUUAAGAACGAUCUGCUUUUGUUUUCACAACAUGGUAGCCUGCAAUAAAGUCUACAAGGAAUUAAAAAUUG